CGUUGACGGUGACCGUCGGUCUCGACACGAGUUACCGUGACAAGUGCAUUACUUAUCGCACGUCGAGCGAGUACACAUUGGACGCGCACGUCGAGCAUUUCGACAACCGCGCAAACAAACGGCUUUUUCUCUUUCCUCGCUCCUCCGGUUUUCGUCUCUUUCUUCUCGACCGUACUCUUUCCCGACUUGUCCUCCCUUUCCCUGAGCGUUUCCCUCAGCGUUUCCCCGAGCAUUCCUGUGGUUGUUGGCUCUCGCUCGGAUAGCUUACUCUUCCCCAGCAAGGGUCGAUUCGUAUACGCGCGUGCAUCUUUCGACUGACGUGUGACAGUCGAGGAGAAGCUGCCGCAGCUCCAUACAUCAAGGGAAGAGUGGCCUGAAAGUGUGCGAGCCACGAUCAAACUUUCACAGAUUUUUGCUCCGAUCAUUAUCUAGGGGAAUCGAUUAGUUGACUGCACGAUGGCGGACGAUCAGGAAGCAAACAACACGUGUGAGGAUUCCCUUGGGCCCGGCGACGCGAACACUGCAUUCGCCAAAAAGAUUAGGGGACGAAAAGGAGCUCUGAAGAAGAAGAAUGUCUACGUCGUCAAAAAUCAUAGCUUCAUGCCGCGCUUCUUCAAGCAACCGACCUUCUGUAGUCAUUGCAAGGACUUUAUAUGGGGCUUUGGAAAACAAGGAUACCAAUGUCAAGUCUGCAGUUUCGUCGUUCAUAAACGAUGUCACGAAUACGUGACUUUCACGUGCCCUGGCGCCGACAAGGGAGCUGACUCGGACGACACGCGGACGAAGCACCAAUUCAAGCAACACACCUACAACAGCCCCACCUUCUGUGACCACUGCGGUAGUCUUCUCUAUGGUGUCAUCCACCAGGGCAUGAAGUGCCAAGCAUGCGACAUGAACGUACACAAGAGAUGCGAGGAGAGCGUGCCGAAUCUUUGCGGAUGCGAUCACACCGAGAGACGUGGUCGUAUGUUGUUGCACAUCUCAUGUUCCGGAAACAAGCUCACCGUGGAAGUGAAACAAGGACGAAAUCUGAUUCCGAUGGAUCCAAACGGUUUGUCGGAUCCCUACGUGAAGCUGAAGUUGAUCCCGGAUUCGGACAACGUGAAGAAGAAAACGAAAACGAUCAAGUCCUCGUUGAAUCCCGAGUGGAACGAGACGAUCAUUUUCGAUCUGAAACCGGAGGACAAAGACAGACGACUUUUGAUCGAAGUUUGGGAUUGGGAUCGGACGUCGAGGAACGAUUUCAUGGGUUCGCUGUCGUUCGGCAUAUCGGAGCUUAUCAAAGCGCCUGCCAGCGGAUGGUUCAAACUUCUCACGCAAGAGGAAGGAGAAUACUACAAUGUACCUGUGCCGGAAGAGGGUGUGGAUCUGGCCGAGUUGAAGAUGAAAGUGCGAAAAACUUCGGUAACGAGGAAGACGACGGCGACUCAGGACAAGGAAGUGCCACACAACAUGGGCAAGAGCGACUUAAUAAGGGCGAGCGAUUUCCACUUCCUGAUGGUGCUCGGCAAAGGCAGCUUCGGAAAAGUGAUGUUGGCGGAAAGGAAAGGAACCGACGAACUAUACGCCAUCAAGAUCCUGAAGAAAGACAUCAUAAUACAGGACGACGACGUAGAAUGUACUAUGGUGGAAAAACGCGUGUUGGCGUUGUCAAGUAAACCGCCGUUUUUGGUGCAACUACACUCUUGCUUCCAAACCAUGGACCGACUGUAUUUCGUGAUGGAAUACGUAAACGGUGGCGACUUGAUGUACCAGAUACAGCAGUGUGGCAAGUUCAAAGAGCCCGUCGCAGUAUUCUACUCGUCGGAAAUAGCGAUCGGUCUCUUCUUUCUUCAUGGCCGAGGUAUCGUGUACCGAGAUCUGAAGCUGGACAACGUUCUACUGGAUCAAGACGGCCAUAUCAAGAUCGCGGACUUUGGAAUGUGCAAAGAAGGUAUCAACGGAGACAAGACUACCAAGACGUUCUGCGGAACACCCGAUUACAUCGCACCGGAAAUUAUAUUGUAUCAACCAUACGGAAAGUCGGUCGAUUGGUGGGCAUACGGCGUACUGUUGUACGAAAUGUUGGUUGGUCAGCCGCCGUUCGACGGAGAAGACGAAGAGGAACUGUUCGCCGCGAUCACGGAGCAUAACGUUAGCUACCCGAAAAGCUUAUCGAAGGAGGCCAGAGAAAUUUGUAAAGCGUUCCUCACCAAGAACCCGGUGAAGAGACUCGGUUGCGGAUUACGCGGAGAGGAAGACGUCCGUAGCCACGCGUUCUUCCGACGGAUCGAUUGGGAGAGGAUAGAAAAUCGGGAGGUGCAACCGCCGUUCAAACCAAAAAUCAAACAUCGCAAGGACGUGAGCAACUUCGAUAAACAGUUCACCUCGGAGAAGACAGAUUUAACGCCCACGGACAAAUUAUUUAUGAUGAACCUGGAUCAAACGGAGUUUAUGGGUUUCUCGUUUCUCAAUCCAGAAUUCGUGCAACACGUUUAAAUCGAUAGAAUAUUUAAGUCACUGGAUAGUUUUAAUCUCUCCAUUUCCUUCGACGUUCAUCUUCCGACUCUUUGCUACUCAGGGCUUUCACCGUCAUUUCUCCCUAUUUCUCUCUAUGUCUCUCUCCCUUCCGUCCUUUUCCUCGUGUCCAAUCACUUUCUCUUUUCGAUCAUUCUCCGUUGCAAAUGCAACCCGAAACUUUUCAUCUUGUAUCUUUGAAAUAAAGAUCGGGGUAGUCUGAGA